CUUCGGAGAUGUAUAUGAAAAAGUGGGCAAUGGAUUACGAUGGCAAGAGUCGGAGAAUUAUGCUUGACCCAACAUUUGCGAUGAGGGUAAUUACGAAUAAGGAUCCUUUUGAACAUCUGGCAAAGAAGCACGGCCAACCGCUUCGUGACAUAACUGCAUCCCAGAUUUGUGUGAUUUUUGUUCCUGUAUUGGACGAUGACCAUUGGUGGUGUGCUGCAUUUGAGUUGAAGGAGAAGACCAUAUGGUUCAUGGAUACUAUGUACCCCAACCCCGAAGAGAAGCAUAAGUCUAUUCUGAAAAAUAUGAUCCCGGCCAUCGACACGAUGUUAAAUGUCCAUGACCCCCAGUGGGAACUAGGCACAAUGGGUAGUUGGGGAAGACAACUAGUCGAGCUUAUGAACAACACCGACAAUCAUAGCUGCGGCGUACUAAUGUUGGGAUGGAUAAAGUCAUCGGCCGCUCGUAUCGUAUCAAGAUAUGGAAUGGAAAAUAUUGUUGUGGCUCGAAAAGCGCUACUAAUGGAAGACUUUCUCUCGGAAUUUAAUGAAGCAAAGGAUGAAGCAUUGUCAGCAAUCACCUAUACUUGAAAGGCAUCUGAUGAUUCUCG